AUGGCGCCCAAAGCAGGGAGUUCGACGGCCGAGAGCAAGGGCAAAUCGACUGCCAAUCCAAGCGCCAAGGCCGAAUCUAGUAACACUAAUGCUCAACCAUCAACAGCUGGUAACAAGUUAUCGAAGGACGAGAAGGAACUGUUCAUUAAAUGUCUCAAGGCUGAUCAAAGGACUUUGAGUCACGAGGAAUUACAAAAUGCGAUGCCUAAGUUAGACGUGGUUGAGAAGAUGAGUAUAGCCAACAGCUUGAUUGCUAGAGGUAUGCUCCAAGUCAAACGAGUUCAGGAUGAAUUAUUUUAUAUUGCGGUUGAUAAAUCUCAACAGAAAGUGAAUUCAAGCAUGUCGACGGAUGAGAAGCUGGUAUACGACAACAUAUCGAAUGCCGGAAACACGGGGAUCUGGACGAAGACCUUGAAGAUGAGGACGAACAUCCACCAGACGAAUCUGACGAAGUGCAUCAAAGCAUUGGAGAAUAAGAACCUGAUCAAGGCCGUCAAGAGCGUCAAAUUCCCAACCCGGAAGAUCUAUAUCUUAUCAGAACUGCAGCCGAGUGUCGAACAUUCUGGCGGGCCUUGGUAUACCGAUAACGAAUUGGAUACCGAGUUUAUCGGGGUCUUGUUACAAAGUAUCCUCAAAUGUUUGCAAGAUCGGUCUUAUCCGGUCCAAAAUUCGUCGGAUUCCGAUCGACCAAUGGCCCUCUUAUAUCCCGCUUCACACACGCCUUUCCUGCCGACGACGGUGCACGACGUGUUAGCGUAUCUGAAGCAGUCGCAAAUCAUCCAAGAAGGCACGGAUCUGAACACGGAACACAUCCUGACCUUAUUGGAUGUGCUUCUGUAUGAUGGCGUGGUCGAAAGGAUCACGGUUGGGACUGCGAAAUGCGAAGGACAGGCCGGGAUGAGUGAGUCGGAUGAAGAAGAUGAGGACGACCCGGAGGAGGAGGAGGAGGAGGAGGAGCAAAGUGAGUUGGAGGAUGAUGGACUCUUGAUGGCUCAGAAACGUCGGAAAAGUCUCGGCUCGACCACCAAGAAAUCCUCGAAACGACGCAAGACCAAUUCGGGUAAACAGCUACGAUUCCAGGAUCGAUCGGAUGAGGAGCGAAUGGAGGAAGAAGAGAAUCGACGGAAAAAACGAGCAGAAGGGCGCCGGAUGAUCCCGAGCAACGAAGCGUUUGUGUACCGGGCCUUACGACCGUUACCGAACCAAGUCGAGCACGAAGAAGAAGAAGAGACUGGGGUCUCGGAGCGAGGGAUAGUGGAGCCGCCGAGUGUCUCUGGCUUCUUCGACAUGCCCUGUGGCCAUUGUCCUUCGUUUGACUUCUGCUCCUCCAAAGGAAAAGCCUGGCAAUUCAAAGGCUCAACCACUCUGGGCUCCACCCUCAACUCCACUAAUCAUGAGAAUGGCCCCGCCUCCUUUCAUCGUAAAUUACCCAAGAUCGGCUUGGCUGGCAUCGGCGCUGGCUUCAAUGCCGUCGGGGGACUCGGCGCUGCCGGUGGCGUGGCUCCCGUCAAUCCCGCUGAUUGCGUCUACUUGUUCGUCCUCGCUUCUUCUUCUUCUUCUUCUUCUUCUUCUUCUUGA